GGAGCGGUGACGCACAGUGACGCACGGUGACGUCACGCGGGAGAGCCGCCAUGCUGUCCCGGCUGCUGCGGGAGCACCAGGCCCGGCAGAGCGAGCGGCGCGAGCUGCAGGAGCGGCGCCGUCGGGAAGCGAUCGCCGCCGCCACGCGGCUGACGGAAGCGCUGGUGGAUCAUCUGAACGUGGGUGUGGCUCAGGCCUAUGUCAACCAACGCAAGCUGGACCAGGAGGUGAAGACACUGCAGGCGCAGGCAGCGCAGUUUGCCAAGCAGACGGGGCAGUGGAUCACCAUGGUGGAGAACUUCAACCAGGCCCUCAAGGAGAUUGGCGACGUGGAGAACUGGGCACGCAGCAUCGAGCUGGACAUGAGGACCAUUGCCACAGCCCUGGAGUACAUCUACAAGGGGCAGCUGCAGCCUGCCUGCUCCUGAGCCCCCCCCCUCACCACGGGACCCCCCCC